AUGAACAAGUCAUAGCCCUUUAUUCAACUCUAACACAGUUCAUGUUCAUUGCUUUUGUUUUCGUUGUUUGAUUGAAGAAUCCUACAACUUUUGCAAGACCCACAUUUUUUCAAUCCAUAUAGCCACAUUAGUUUGUUGAUUGAAGCACAGAUUUAAUGGCCGGAGUCAGAGACCCACCUUCAGAACUCCAAAUCAGAGUCCACUCACGGCGAGGGGGCAACAUCAUCCACCCAGUAGAGGUAGAAACGCCGCAGUUAUCGUCUUCUGCUCCGACUCCGGUGGUUUACAGAGAAGUAAAGCACUUCAAGAACUGGUUUCCAUGGUUAAUUCCUGCCUUUGUUGUUGCCAAUGUUAUUAUGUUGGUGAUUACUAUGUAUGUCAAUGAUUGCCCAAAGAAUUCUGUCUCUUGUCUUGCUCGGUUUUUGGGAAGGUUCUCGUUUCAGCCCUUUAAAGAAAAUCCGCUUCUUGGGCCUUCUUCUACUACGCUAGAGAAGAUGGGGGCAUUAGAUGUGAGUAAAGUGGUCGACAAACACCAGGGAUGGCGGCUUAUUACCUGCAUUUGGUUACAUGGAGGAGUUUUCCAUUUACUCGCCAAUAUGUUGAGUCUAUUAGUCAUUGGCAUUCGGCUUGAGCAAGAAUUUGGAUUUGUGCGCAUUGGUUUGCUAUAUGUCAUAUCUGGAUUAGGUGGGAGUCUGUUUUCGGCUCUUUUCAUCCAGUCUAAUAUUUCUGUUGGUGCUUCUGGGGCACUUUUUGGAUUACUGGGAGGCAUGCUCUCUGAACUCAUCACAAAUUGGACUAUCUAUGCCAAUAAGGCAGCAGCGCUGUUGACCCUAGUGGUCAUUAUUGUUAUCAAUCUAGCAGUGGGUAUCCUUCCACAUGUCGACAAUUUUGCUCAUAUCGGAGGGUUUCUUUCUGGUUUUCUUCUCGGGUUUGUGUUUCUGAUCCGCCCGCAGUUUGGAUGGGUUAGCCAGAGAUAUGCUUCUCCUGGAUAUUCUUCAGUCUCAGCCAACCCUAAAUUUAAGGCAUAUCAGUGCAUACUCUGGAUCACAUCUCUGAUCCUUCUGAUCACAGGGUUCACCGUUGGCUUGGUUUUGGUUCUUCGUGGAGUUGAUUUAAAUGAUCAUUGCUCUUGGUGCCAUUAUUUGACUUGUGUUCCUACUUCAAGGUGGAGCUGUAACACAGGGCCUGUCUCGUGCAUGUCUGAGCAAAUUAGCGACCAGCUCACGUUAACAUGCUCAAGCAGCGGAAAAAGCAGGACAUAUAUAUUGUUAAAUGCCACCACUUCUCAGAUCCAGGGGCUAUGUGCACAGCUUUGCAAUUGAUUUAUGUGUAAUUGAAGGUGGUGCAAGUUGCUUUGAUGUAUUAAUACAUGGUAAGAGUUUUGAAAAUUGCUUUUUAUGUUGUUUUGCCUUCAGUUAUUUCAUGCUUUUCCUUUGUAAAUUUGACCUCUGGGGAAAUAAUGGUUGAUUGAUUUCUGGAUAUAAAACAGCUCAAAUUAAUAGUUAAUUCUUUUGGUGGAG